CUUUUUCCAUCAUGGUCAAAUGCCAUCGUGUGGUAACAUCACGAAUUGCUGAUACACCAGCAACAUUUGUGCGAUUUAUUUUGGCGGGCAGGCGGAACUACGUUUUCAUUUUCGAAUUUUUUUGGGGAAGUCGUGGCUGCCUGCACCAGGAAGUAGUACCGGUGAAGUAAUGGCGAUACCCAUGUUUCUGAAGGAGACCGGGUGCUCUAGCUAACGUAGAUCCAGCUUGUGACCAUAUAGCCAAGCCGCAGAAUACCAGACAGCGGAAGGACCGUGAUGCAUCGACCAUGAACUGCGCUCCCCGUCUUUUACGGAUACAGAAUUUUAGGGCCCUGACAGUGUGUCUAAGGGCCAUUGUUCCGGCUGCAGCGCCAUUUACGUCUUCUCAUGCUCACUCCCCAUUCCUGCACGGGUGUUCUGUCCAGCACUCAUUAAGGAGUUUCCAUGGCAGUGGUGCACUUCAGAAGAACCGAGCCAUCGUUAAGGACUAUGAGGAAAAAUCUGAACACGAGGGGGGCAAAUCUCUGGUCACCCAUGACGACCUGUUUGAGCGUGUGGCCCAGGAGUCGAGGACCAAAGCCACAUUCAACCGUGUGCUGGACGUCUUUGUCAAGCAGGACAUCCGACGACGUGGGCACGUGGAGUUCAUCUACGCCGCUCUGAAGAAGAUGCUGGAAUUUGGAGUGGAGCGUGACCUUGCGGUCUACAACAAGCUCCUGGACGUUUUUCCCAAGGAAGUUUUUGUGCCGCGGAACUUUAUCCAGCGGAUGUACAAUCACUACCCGCGGCAGCAGGAGUGUGGUGUGCAGCUGCUGGAGCAGAUGGAAAAUUAUGGAGUCCUGCCCAAUGUGGAAACCAAGGUGCUUCUGGUGCAGAUCUUUGGGGAGAAGAGUCACCCCAUGCGAAAGUACCAGAGGCUCAUGUACUGGUUCCCCCGGUUCAAGAACAUGAACCCCUAUCCUGUCCCUCACGAGCUCCCCCAGGACCCCAUAGACCUCACCCGCAUCAGCCUGAGCCGCAUAGCAGCUGACCUGGACGCCAAGGUUACCGUGCAUCAGUUGCCUUAUACAGACAUCACUGAGAGCGGGGAAGAGGUGUCGCAGCCGUAUAUCAUAGGUGUACAGAGUCCUGACCAGCGCUCCCUGCUGGCCAAGCACAACACCAGCCGACCCGUGUUUGUGGAGGGUCCGUUUCCCUUGUGGCUCAGAAAGACCUGCGUCUACUACUAUGUGCUGCGGGCUGACCCACUACCGCCCGAGGAGAGGACGGAGGAGCCCAUCGAUCCCGAGCGGUGCUUCUUCUACCCGCUAGAGCUGGACGUGGACUUGGACCGGGACCUGGAGGACGAUGACAGCUUUGACGUAGAUGAAGUGGAGGAAGGCCCCGUUUUCGCCAUGUGCAUGGCCGGUCAGGGGGACCAGGUCACUCUGGCCAAGUGGAUCUCGGCCCUGCAGGAGACCAACCCUGUCCUGGGUAGGACCGCCACCCUGUUCAGACUGGAGGCUGGACCAGGCGAGCUCCAGAGCGCUGCCGAGCCGGAACCAGCGUCAGAGACAGAAGCAGAACCAGGGCCUGCCGAGGAAGCGGAACCUCUGCGCAGCCAGCGCAUGAAGCAGUGAGCCUGCUUACAGAGCCGCACCGCUGUAACAGCCAAAUGCAUCCGGGCUGCAAAUGCUCCCACUCGCUGAUUCAUUGCGUGUGUGGUACGUCUACAUCGAUCGUAUUUCUGAUGCAGGGAUUAGCUAACAAGAGAAGCAGUAAGUCACCCUUUCAUUGGCUGUGUUAUAAUGAAGAGCAGUUAAACAUACCGAUGGGGAGCAUAGAGUUAUUUCCAUAUGGGGAAGUAUGUUCUGGUUCGUCCCAGGAAGGAUUGUUAGUGCUGUUCUUUUGUGACUGAUUUAACAGUUAUUUCAUUUUACCGUUACAGUUUCAACAAGUUCUGAAAUCACAAGGAGCAAAAAAAAAAUACGAUUAUUGUUGCUUUAAAUGAGAGCUCUGAUAUUAAAGCUCUUAUAGAUGAUGUAACAGAUGAUGCAUGUCAUUUUUAAUGAUGCUGUCUGACUCUAGAAGCCAUGAAUAUAUAUUUAAUUAUGAUACAAAAAAUACAAUAAAUAAAUUCUAAAAAGACCUGA